AUGGCGCUCGGGCGCAGCAUGAGCUACCGGCCGAGCGCGCAGCUGUCCAACAACUUUGAUUUGUCGGGGCUGGCGUUGGGAAGCUUCACAAGCAAGGGCGAGGGCAGCGUGCUGCUGGCGCCCACGCCGAGCAUCAGUGCGGCCACUGGCGGCGGCGUGCUGCAGAGCGGCACGAGCAUCGGCAGCAGCGGCGGCGGCGCCGGCGGCGGCGGCGGGGGGCUGACAAAGUCGGGCAGCAUCCGGCCGGCGCACCGGGGGGGCGGCCUGGCGACGAACAGCAGCGUGGGGCCGGCGCUGCUCAAGAGCCGCUCCAUACUGUCGCCCGCGCCGCAGCCCGCGGCCCGGCACACCUUAUACCCGCAGCAGGGCCGUUGA